CUAUCCAUCUCAUGGAUGGAGUGAAUGGAAGGAAUACAGAAUGUCAGUAUACCAAAAAGAAUUGGUCGAUGUUCAGCCAUUUCAGGAGGUGGCAUAAGAUCAACAACCGAUGGUACUAAAGCGGUCCAAGCUGCACUGAAGGCACUGGCAAAACACAAGGCGUCAGGAGUUGACGGAAUACCAGUUACGACGUUUCAACAAAGGGAUGCAGCACUGGCGGUGCUCACUCGUCUAUGCCACGAAAUUUGGAAGACAGCUUCCUGGCCAACUGACUGGAAGAAAUCCACAUUUGUACUCAUUCCAAAAAGGUUGUGGAAAUUAUCGAGCGGUAUCAUUGAUAUCAUAUACAAGUUAAAUAUUUGCUGAAGAUCAUUCAAAAGCAGUUGCAGCAGUACAUUGACAGGGAACUGCCAGAAAUUCAAGCCGGAUUCAGAAGGGGAUGUGGAACCAGGGAUAUCAUUGCUGAUGUCAGGUGGAUCCUGCCUGAAAGCAGAGGAUGCCAGAAAGAUGUUUACUUGUGUUUUUUUGACUGUGCUAAGGCAUUCGACUUUGUGGGUCAUAACAAAUUAUGGAUAACAUUACAAAGAAUGGGAAUUCCAGAACACUUAGUUGUGCUUGUGAGGAACCAGUACUUAGACCAAGAGGCAGUUGUUUGAAACGAACAAGGGGAUAUGGCAUGGUUUAAAGUCGGGAAAAUGGUGCAUCAGGGUUGUAUCCUUUCAUCAUACUUAUUCAAUCCAUAUGCUGAGUAAAUAAUCAGAGAAACUGAACUAUAUGAAGAACGGGGCAUCAGGAUUGGAGGACAACUCAUUGACAACCUGCACUAUGCAGAUGACAGAACCUUGCUUGCUGAAAAUGAAGAGGACUUGAGGCAUUUAUGGACGAAGAUCAAAGACCACAACCUUCAGUAUACAUUAUACCUCAACAUAAAGAAAGCAAAAAUUCUCAGAGCUGGACCAGUAAGCAACAUCAUGAUAAAUGGAGAAAAGAUUGACGUCGUCAAGGAUUUCAUUUUACUUGGAUCCACAAUCAAUGCCCAUGCAAGCAGCAGUAAGAAGUCAAAAGACACAUUGCAUUGGGCAAAUAUGCAGGAAAUCUCUUUAAAGUGUUGGAAAACAAAGAUAUCAUCUUGAAGACUAAGGUGUGCCUGACCCAAGCCAUGGUGUGUUCAAUCACCUCACGUGCAUGUGAAAGCUGGACAGUGAAUAAGGAAGACCAAAGAAGAAUCUAUGCCUUUGAAUUAUAGUGUUGGAGAAGAGUAUUGAAUAUACCAUGGACUGCCAGAAAAACAAACAUAUCUGUCUGAGAAGAAGUACAGCCAGAGUGCUCCUUUGAAGUGAGGAUGGUGAGACUUUGUCUUACAUACUUUGGACAUGUUAUCAAGAGGGACCAGUUCCUGGAAAAGGACAUCAUGCUUGGUAAAGUCGAGAGUCAGCGAAAAAGAGGAAGACCUUCAACAAGAUGGAUGGACCCAGUGGUUGCAUCAGUGGGCCCAGCUCUGUGAGCCAUCACCAUGUUCUGGAAGUUUGACUUGAAUACCACCUCGCACGUCGACAAGCUGCUGGACAAGGAGGACGUGACGCUGCAGGAGCUUAUGGAUGAGGAUGACCUCCUGCAGGAGUGCAAGGCCCAGAACCGAAAGCUGCUGGACUUCCUGUGCCGGCAGCAAUGCAUGGAGGAGCUGGUGAGCCUCAUCACGCAGGACCCGCCCCUGGACAUGGAAGAGAAGGUCCGCUUCAAGUAUGUACUGCUGCCGUGCCAGUUGCUUGGUUUGUGCCCUUUUAGAUAUCCAAACACAGCCUGUGAGCUGCUGACCUCUGAUGUGCCACAGAUCAACGACAAGCUGGGAGGGGACGAGACCUUACUGAACCUUCUGUACGACUUUCUGGACCAUGAGCCUCCUCUCAACCCUCUCCUCGCCAGCUUUUUCAGCAAGACCAUCGGCAACCUCAUUGCAAGAAAAACUGAACAAGUGAUUGUGUUUCUGAAGAAGAAGGACGGGUUCAUUGGCUUGGUGCUGCGGCACCUCGGCACCUCGGCCAUGAUGGACCUGCUGCUGCGCCUGGUCAGCUGCGUGGAGCCAGCUGGCCUCCGGCAGGAGGUCCUGCAUCACCACCCUCAGCCUUGUGCCCAGUGGCUUAAUGAAGAGAAGAUAAUUGAGAGACUCGUGGGGCUGAUCCACCCGAGUCAGGAGGAGGACAGGCAGUCCAAUGCAUCUCAGACACUCUGUGACAUUGUCCGGCUGGGCAGAGACCAGGGUGGUCAGCUGCAGGAGACAGCAGAGCCUGACCCUCUCCUUGCGGUCCUGGAGUCGCAGGGCUGCAUAGAGCAGCUGCUCAGGAACAUGUUUGAUGGGGAGCAGACUGAGAGCUGCCUGGUAUGCGGCACGCAGGUCCUGCUGACUCUGCUGGAGACACGGCGUGCCGGGACAGAGGGUGGCUCGGUGGACUCCUUCUCUCAGGGACUCGAGCGGCUGCACAGCGUUAGCAGUAGUGUACUGCAGGGCAUCGAGCCGCGGCUGAGGGACUUCCACCGUCUGCUGCUCAGCCCGCCAAAGAAAAGCGCAAUCCUCACCACCAUCGGCGUGCUGGAGGAGCCGCUGGGGAAUGCCCGUCUGCAUGGUGCCCGUCUCGUGGCCGCACUGCUGCACACGAACACGCCCAGCAUCAACCAGGAGCUCUGCCGGCUCAACACGAUGGACCUGCUGCUGGACUUGUUUUUUAAGUACACCUGGAAUAACUUCUUGCACUUCCAAGUGGAACUGUGUAUAGCAGCCAUUCUUUCCCACGCCACCCGGGAAGAGAGAGCAGAAGGUGGUGAGUCCGUGAGCAGGGUGGAGCCAGCACCAGGGAACAGGACCCCCAAGGACCCGCAGCCUGCAGCCAGCCACCCUGAAGACACAUUGGUGACCCAUCUGUUUCAGAAGUGCUGCCUGGUACAGAGGAUCCUGGAGGCCUGGGAAGCCAACGACCAUACACACUGCCGAUCUAACGUGCAUGGUGGGUGGUGCUGGCCUUGUGGGCCUGAGCGCCUUGGUGUCCAGGCUCCUGGUGUGGCUGAAGGGUCCUGUGUGUGCAGUCCCUUCCCACUUCUAGAGGCUCACCUGCCACACCUCCUUUCCUGCACCCACCGUCCCUGCUCACGCUUCACACAGCUUCAGGGGGCAGCAGGUGGCAUGCGGCGUGGGAACAUGGGCCACCUCACGCGGAUUGCCAACACGGUGGUGCAGAACCUGGAGCAGGGCCCCAUGCAGACCCAUAUCAGUGAGGUCAUCCGAGGGCUCCCUGAGGACUGCCGGGGGCGCUGGGAGAGCUUCGUGGAGGAGACCUUGACCGAGACCAACCGCAGGAACACUGUGGACCUGGUGAGCACCCACCACCUCCACUCCUCCAGCGAGGAUGAGGACAUUGACAGUGCCUUCCCCAGCGAGCUAUCCCUCCAGCAGGCUUUCUCCGAGUACCAGAUCCAGCAGAUGACAGCCAGCUUUGUGGAUCAGUUUGGCUUUAACGACGAAGAGUUUGCAGACCAGGACGACAACAUCAAUGCGCCAUUUGACAGGGUUGCAGAGAUCAGCUUCAGCACCGAUGCAGAUGAUGACAGUCCACACGCAGCACUGUUUGAAGCUUGCUGCAGUGACCGCAUCCAGCCCUUCGAUGAUGAGGAGGAGGAUGACGACAUCUGGGAGGAUGGCGAGCUGAGCCGAGCAGCCCGGGUGACGGCCAGAGCCAGAUUUGGAGCCCCCCUCGCCGCAGAGAGUGGCUCAAAGAGCAGCCUAGAGCACGGCAGUCGCAACGGGAGUGUGGACACGGAUGCUCCCCGAGGGGCCACUCCUCCAGCUGAGGGCAGCCGCAGCCCCGGCCCGCCGGCCCCUGUGCAGAAAGAAGGCCGUGGUGGGGAGGGCAGUGCGGAAGGUGCCGGUUGGGCUGCGGUGUUUGCCGAGCCCGUGAGCGCAGCCCUGCAGGCCCCCGGGGUGGCCGUGGACGUCGGCUCCAGUGUCUGGGCAGUCAGCACGCCUGGUGCCCCCACGCCAGAGGAGAAGGGCUGGGCCAAGUUCACAGACCUCCAGCCUUUCUGCUGCUCUGAUUCAGGUCCCCGGUGCAGCUCCCCAGUGGACACAGACAGUGGCAACAUCCAGGGCGGCCCAAACCAGUGCCCAGAGAAAACCUCCUGCCCAGCUCCCCCAAGUGCCUGGAACACGUGUGCGCCCAGGAAGGCACCCCCGGUAGCCUCCAGCAGCAGGUACACUGGGGCCUUGGACAGAGAGGAUGUCGAGCAAGGCGCAGGUGGCAUCCGGGAGGGGGUCUUCAGCCAGGAGACUCCCCCACGGGCCACGGAGGCCAUCCCUCGAAGGGCUGACCACACACCCAGCAUGCCACUGGACUCUGCGCCCUGGGGCCCCACAUACAACUCCCCCGCUACUGCAGACGUGGCCACCAUCCCAGCUGAGGCUACACCCCCCGCAGCAGCUGAAGUGGCCGCUCUGGCCACCUCCACUGCACUGGCCUUAGUGGCCCCCUCAGGGCCCAUUGUGGCAGUCACCACGGUGGCCCCCUUGGAGACAAAGAACAGGAAGACAGAGGCGCCGCCGCCAGCAGGAGCCACCGCGAAUGGCCCUGUGUGACGCUGCUGCCACCAGGCCCUGGUGCCACCAAGCAAGAAAACUACCUGGUGAUGCAACUUGUCUUUUUUAAUUUAAUUUAAUUUAAUUUUGAAAUAAAUGCUGCAUCGGUAGAGCGGCAGUGGAACCGUCAAAGGCCCGGCUUGCGUCCUCCUGCCACAGCCCAGCGCGGCCUGUCUUUGCAGCGGCUCCGCCCACACAGCAAUAAAGCUCGCCGCCUGGCGCUGCCUGUGGGCCUGGGCCGGGCACUUCGGAGGCAAGGAGCCACCAGGCAAGGCCACACGUGCUGGUGCCGGGACUCGAUGGACGUGGUGGAUGUGGCUUCCACCCGGGGCUCUGUUUUUACUGUUUUUUAACGAAUGCAGGAAGAGCCACAUUUUUGCACUUUGUCGUCCCGUAGCAGCGGGCGGCUGGUCCCCUAGCUCAGGCCCCCUCCCACCUUGGCGGGAGGGGGUUAUGUGCCUGGGAUGGGGAGACCCUCCAAAUGCACUUGGGCACCAGGGUGUGGGGACGUGAACCUGGGCUCUGGGAUUUGGCUGCCUUAAAACCCGCCCUCACAGCCUGGUGGAGCAGCAGAGCCAGCGGCGUGCGCGUCAGGUGGGCAGGACCAGAGGGCUGGGAUGAUGCCACAAUGCUGGGUGGGGCCCCCCUGGGGGCCAAGGUCCUGAGCUUAUGUUGUGUUAACUUGACAGGCAUCCAGCCCCAGCUCCAAUAAACAGCUGUGUCGUUCCUA